ACGUGGCGUUAGCUUCCACUAUCACAAGCCGAAGACUCAUAGAUACAAGAUAUCGGUGAUUCAGAAUACGGGCAGCCUUCUACGUAUUCAUUUUAUGUAUAUAAGUUCCGUCCGAAUUGCCAAUCGACCAUGCCUACUCUUCUUGAUAAUGCUAUGAAAUCUAAGAACGCUGUACUAGCCUUCUCCGGGCUCGUUACAGCCGCCCUCGCUUGGUCAUUGGCCGGCGGGAGUAUCUUCCCUUCUCAGGAUGAUCCGAAGGGAGACCCCGAUACUUGGACGCGGGAGGAACUCAGAAGAUGGCUCGCGGCUCGCAACCUUCAUCCCCAGAAAGGAGAUACUCGAGAGCAACUCCUAGAAAGGGUUAAGGCAAAUAUGAGGUAGGGUGCGUUAUUAGUAGCUAUUUGAAAUAUUAGUGGUCUACUCCGGUCUGGUAUAGGAGCGAUUAGAGAGUCGAAAUGGGCCGUCUAAGCA